GAAGAAGAAGUGUCAUGGCGCUGUCCCACAGCACGGUUACAGACAAGCAGUGAUUCAGGUCGGAGUUUGUUGUUAAAGGCUCAACGAGAAGAACAGCGGGAGGAGAAAUGUUUCCUGAAACGGCUCAGCGUUUAAAAACGGCGGCUCCGCUCUUCUCUCACGCCGCCUUUUUGACGGAUUUGAAGCGGUUGUCGGCACAUGGAGGGGCCCGGAGACACCUCACUGUCGGCCGCUGCCUUACAGCCAAGGUCCCCCCUCCGCGGAAACCUAGGGAGAGGGUCGAAAUCCCAGGACUGGAGAUGGUCACAUACGGAGAGAGGAUGCACUAUGUCCCGGGGCUGGCGAAACCUGCUCCCCAGCACUGGGAGAGGGACUACAAGGACCCGCGAUAUUACAAGUCUCCCCCUGCCCACGAGAUGCGGCUGUACAAGGACAAGCCGUGUUAUAUGUUCAACCAGAGGACCAGCGCGCUGGAAGGUGUGCGUCAGGCUGCCUGGCUGACCAAAACCCAGGUGAUCCCAGGUCUCCCUGCACAGCUCCUCUCCCUCGCAGAGAACCCUGAAAACCAGAUCCCAGAUCAGGAUGAGCGUGUGCAGAAUGCCAUCAAACACGCACGCUUCUGGGACACGACAGAGGAUCGACCGCGUAAAGAGAAAUACAGCAACACUCUGCUGCUCAACCUGCUGCACCUGUGUGCGACGCUGCAGUGCAGCCACCCGGCCCUCGGGAGGAGGAUGCUUGCAGAGAACUACUCGCUGGCAACCACGUGGAAAAGAGGUGAGGAUCUCCUCCAGAUAAGAGGUCAGAACGGUUUACUGCUGAACAGCACGGAUCCUCUCCCACAGAUGUCUGGUAAACAGGAGGUGGCCGACACAGCGGAUCACGUCCUGGACGCCUUCUAUCCCGUCUCCCCGACUAUCGACCUCCAGAAAGUGCACGUGUACAAAGAGGAGGUAAACCACACAGGUUUCAGAGAUGACUACCCUUACCCUCACGCCCACACGCUGUACUUCCUGGAGUCAGCUGAUCCUCGUUGUAAGCUCCGCCCAGAGCAGUUUAGAACCAAGAUGAUCAUGUUUACCUUUGGAAACGCGCUGGCCCGUGCACACAAGCUCUACGGGACUCGUCCACAGCGACUCUUAGACCGUCCUGUGACCGUGCAGUCAGUCGGGACCAAUGGCAGGAUUUUCCAGUUCAUGGUUUUCCAGCUGAAUACCACGGACCUCUCAGGAGACGAUGGAAUUAAAAACCAGAUGUGGCUGGAAGAAGACGUUGAGCUGUAUGAUUUUGCAAAAGUUCGACCGCUCAUUAAAAAGAAGCAAGUCAAGAUACCAGCUGGUCUGGCCGGAUACAAGCCUGAGGCGUUCAGCAAGUUCCUGGCACUGUACCUGCAUGGAGCUGUGUAGGACUGCAGACCUCAUACAUCUGUUGUGUGUUUGUGUGAGCGAUGCGCUGCCAGCAGUCAGUUGCCUGUGAAGUCUGUGUGUGUCUGUGAAGUCUGUGUGUGUCUGUGUGUGUCUGGGAUCUAAAUCAGCAUCUUCUCAAAACUCCUGAUUUUCUUUCAGUCAGUAACAGCGUCCGGGUGUUUCAUGGAGCUGCACCCACACUUCAUCUACAUCUUUAUUCUGAAUAAAGGCUGCUUUUCUCAACA